CAUGACAAAUAAACAGUCUAGAAAAACAAAUUCACUUCGAAAGAGCAGCAGCACAGAUCGGAUUAUAUUCCAGAACGGAGCUCAAAAUGACUAGCAAGGGACUUGACGACUUUUCCGAGUUCGAGGCCACUCUGCAGAAGAUCGAAGACAUAUUGCACGAGAGCGAUGAGAAGCAAGACGCGGCAGCAGCGGCCGAGUCCAAGACGGCCGUUGACUUUGACAAACUGGAUCCCGACAAUGUGCGCCUGAAGGUGCGCGAGAAUCGCACUGUGAUCAACCGCAAGAGCCUGGAGGAGGACAAAAAGAACGAGGCUGGAAUGGUGCAGACCAUGAACCAGCAAAGCUUCAUGCAGCAGGUGGAGAAGGACGCCAAUGAGCGCGCCGAGUCACGGGCCAAGCGCGAGUACGAGGCGGAGGUGCAAAAGAGCCAUGGCAACGAAGCCUUUCGCAACGCCAAGUACGAAAAGGCCAUUCUCCACUACGGCAAGGCCCUGGCUCAGAUCAAAGACAGUGCCAUAACAUACAACAAUCGCGCCUUGUGCUACAUCAAGCUCCGCAACUAUAAGCGCGCUCUGCAGGACUGCCAGCACGUGGUGGACAAGCUGCAGGAGACCAAUCUGCGCGCCUGGCUGUACAAGGCCACGGCCUACAAGCGUCUCGGGCAGACAAAGGACUUUGAGGAGAGCGUGGCCAAGGCCCGCGAGCACAAUCCCAAGCAGCUGGCCUACAUCGAGAAGUACAUCAAGCAGAUGGAGGCAGAGACCUAGAAGCCUUAAAUUUAUUACAUAUACACUGUAUUUUAUACUCACUGAGCAUCAGCAUUACGCCCAGAAACGAGACACAGGAAUAAAGGAACGGCAGGUGAACACUGCCCAGAUCUGUGAAGCGUAAAGAGCGGAAAUUA